AUGAGAGCUCACCAACACCACUGCAGCUCAGAGGUUCUUAGAAGUGCUCGUAAAUGGUCAUCAUCUCGUUCCCAAAAGAAGACGGCACGUCUCUCUACCAGCAAGCCGCUGAGCGAAAGCACGUGGGACCAAAAGUGGAGUGAGCACCCCCGUGGGACCAAGAUUACAGGAGACGCAUGUGAGAUGCACAGGAAACUUCAGGACUUCAAGAACUCUGAGUUCCUGAAGAAUUGUGGAAAUGCUGGCAAAUCAGGACAGGUGAAGAGGGAGUUGUCUGGGGCAGGGGAGAGGGACAAGGGGGUCCUGAUGGCCACGCUGAUCCGCACAGACUGCCGAUGCCUCAAGAAAAGGCAUGUUUCUUCCCACCCCAGGCCCCGAGAGGCCCAUUUACACAAAGAUGCUGAACUUGAACUGGAGGGCUACAGGCGUUUUGAGAUCGAGACACCACCUCCGUGUGGUAUCACAGAGGGGGCCCACCGACAGCCCUUCUCCCGACACGGAAUGAGUCCUGAGUGCUCGGAGCAACAGCAGGUCCUCAAUUCUGCCAGGGUCACUGCCAUGGCCCCCAAACCAGCCUCUGAGCACCUCGGUCCACAGCGGAUACUUCCAAGAAGCGUUCUCAAGCUGGAAAUUCCAAGUCAACGCCAGAAUCCUCCCCUCACCAAGUUUACCUCCCAAGUGAGACUCAAGUGUGACAUUACUCGACACUUUCUUGACCUUCAGACGGGUUAUUUCAAGUUGACUCUCGUCAGCAGCACAACGGAGCAGGUGUUAACAGGAAAACUCCACUAUUAUUUAAAUCAGAGAGAUAUGUGCAGUUCACAACUUAUCCCAGCCUUCAUUGCCAAGUGGGCAGGUCGCACGGCCAGCUACACAGCACCUGUGGCCGGAGGCCAAGCUCAGAGCACAAGCACCAUCUGGCAGAAUCUGGAGAACAGCCUCCUCCGCAUCCCACGAACCACCAUCGCCCAGCGUCCAGGCCACCGCAGUGGCUGCAAAGCUCAGGAAGCAGCUGAGGACCCGGCAGACAAGGGCCACUUCUGA